GAAAUGCGUCACGCGAAACGUAGCCAUUUCCGCCUGGCAGAAAGACGACAGGUCUACGUUUUGUGAUACCUUUUCGCUGUAUUAAGAUGUCUCAGGGUGUUUUAUCUCCGAGUCUGAACACUCCUCAGAACAGCGACGGCAUUCUUAUAGGCGAUAGACUGUAUUCGGAAGUGUUCCUGGCCAUCGACAACUCGAUCGUAGGCGAGGAGAGACUCGGCACGACCCCGUCCAUGCUAGAUGGCCUCGACCACGAAACAGAAACCGAUCUGCGGAUUCUCGGCUGUGAACUCAUCCAGUCCGCCGGGAUCCUUUUACGUCUGCCACAGGUGGCGAUGGCGACGGGUCAAGUUCUGUUUCAGCGAUUAUUUUACUCGAAGUCCUUCAUUAAACACAACGUUGAGAUUGUUGCCAUGGCCUGUGUGAACUUGGCCUCCAAGAUCGAGGAAUCUCCAAGACGAGUGCGAGACGUGAUCAACGUCUUCCACCAUUUGAAACAAGGAAAGGGUAAAAAGAGCACCCCACUCAUCCUUGAUCAGAAUUACAUUCAUAUCAAGAACCAAGUGAUCAAAGCCGAGCGUCGUGUGCUGAAGGAGCUGGGCUUCUGCGUUCAUGUCAAGCAUCCACACAAGAUUAUAGUCAUGUACCUGCAAGUUCUUGAGUGCGAGAAGAAUGCGAUGCUGGUUCAAACGGCAUGGAACUACAUGAACGAUGCCCUCAGAACCAACGCCUUUGUGAGGUUUGAACCCGAGACCAUUGCGUGUGCCUGUAUCUUCCUCGCCGCCCGAGUACUAGAGAUUCCUCUUCCCUCUAAACCACAAUGGUAUCUUCUCUUUGGAGCUACUAAGGAGGACAUCAAAGAAAUAUGCGUGAGCACCAUGAAGCUUUAUUCGAGGAAAAAGCCAAACAGUGAGCAACUUGAAAAAGAGGUAGAAAAGCAUAGGCUGGCCCUGGAAGAGGCUAAACUGAAAGCCAGGGGACAAAAUCCCAAUGGCACGCCGGCACUCUUUGGCGUCGGUGGAUUUUCCCCAGCAUCAAAGCCUGGUUCUCCACGAGAAGUCAAGGCAGAAGAAAAAUCGCCAAACUCUAAACUAGCAAAAGAGCCCGAGAACAGACAGUUGUUUCCGAAAAGCCCCGUGAAUGGGAGCGUGAAAAAGGAGGAGAGCAAAGUGUUUCUGAAUGGCAAGCAUCACAGUCGGUCGAGGUCGCGCUCUGUAUCUCGCUCUCCACGCAGACUCCGAAGGAGCCACUCUGGAACGUACAGCUCUCACAGCAGCCACAGUCCGUCUCCACGGCAACACAAAGGUCGCAGGGCGUCACCGAUUACACAGGUGGUGGCGGAGCACAGACAGAGCGAGUCCAGUAGGCAUGGAAACAAAAAGAGGAGGUCACGGAGCCGAUCUCGCAGCAACUCUCGCGACAAAGGCCGCGACCGUGACUCUGCGAAAAACAAGCAAGAUCGCGGCAGCGGUCACUACUGGGACCACCGUGAUCGAGAGCGUGAGCGGGGCCGAUCGCACGAUCACGGACGAAGCAAACAUCAGAGCAGAUCACAUUCUGGACACAGCCAUAGCAGACACAGGAGAUGAGGCAUCAUGGACUAAACGCUUGCUUCCAAUCGUGAUUUUACACACUUCUUGGUUACCUCUUUGAGAUGUGGAUGUUCACAGUGAACGGUUCUUGCUUAUGACAGGCUCACGUAGAGUUCUUUAGGCAAGGCAGUGGUGCCUUUUAUGUAUUUGACCGUUGCAUUUUACUUUAAACUUGAAAGUGGGAAUAUGACAGACCGCUAAAAUCUGCAUAUAUCAGGGAUCACUUUUGCACAGAGGAGCCUUACGAGACCCGUGCGUGUGUAUUUUUCAUAUGUACAGCUGUAUUGUUUGUGCGGUGUAUAUACAAAGCUUAUUUUUAUGAUGUCGGAAACGAAAAAACUUUUGUAUUCAUGUCUUCACAAAAUAAAACUGAUGGUUAUUACCUUAA